CCGCGGGCCAGCGCCAUUGACGGGCCGGGAGGAAGCUGCGCGCCGUGCGGGCUGGCGGGGCGGCCCGGGACCCCGACAGAUACUUCUGUGACCAUGAGAGAGAGAAAUAAAGAAUGACCCAUGCUUUUUAAACACCUUGUCUUGAGGAUAUAGUCAUGUUGGAAGGUCUUGUAGCCUGGGUUCUCAAUACCUAUCUGGGGAAAUACGUCAAUAAUCUGAAUACCGACCAGCUCUCUGUUGCGCUCCUGAAAGGUGCCGUUGAAUUAGAAAACUUGCCAUUAAAGAAGGAUGCCUUGAAAGAGCUGGAAUUACCAUUUGAAGUCAAAGCUGGUUUAAUUGGCAAGGUAACCCUGCAGAUUCCCUUCUAUCGCCCCCAUGUGGACCCUUGGGUGAUCUCCAUCUCCAGCCUUCACUUAAUUGGAGCCCCUGAAAAAAUACAGGAUUUCAAUGAUGAGAAGGAGAAGCUAUUGGAAAGGGAACGGAAGAAAGCUCUACUUCAAGCCUUGGAGGAAAAAUGGAAGAGCGAGCGCCAGCAGAAAGGGGAAUCCUAUUGGUAUUCAGUGACUGCCUCCGUGGUGACCAGAAUUGUGGAGAACAUUGAAUUAAAGAUUCAAGAUGUUCAUUUGCGCUUUGAAGAUGGUGUCACCAAUCCUUCCCAUCCUUUUGCGUUUGGCAUCUGCAUUAAGAACGUGUCCAUGCAAAAUGCUGUGAAUGAGCCUGUUCAGAAAUUAAUGCGGAAAAAGCAGUUGGAUGUGGCAGAGUUUAGCAUCUAUUGGGAUGCUGAUUGCACUUUAUUGGGAGACUUGCCUCAGGUGGAGCUGCAGGAAGCCAUGGACAAGAGCAUGGAGAGCCGUGGUCAUCACUACAUCUUAGAGCCUGUGUGUGCGUCUGCCCUGUUGAAGAGAAAUUGCUCCAAGGAACCUCUGCGGACCCGGCACACUCCCCGAAUCGAGUGUGACAUUCAGCUGGAGACCAUUCCCUUGAAACUCUCUCAGCUCCAGUACCGGCAGAUCAUGGAGUUCCUCAAGGAGUUGGAACGAAAGGAGCGGCAGGUGAAGUUCCGGAAAUGGAAGCCCAAAGUUGCCGUGUCUGAGAACUGCCGAGAAUGGUGGUAUUUUGCACUGAAUGCUAACCUGAACGCCAUCAGAGAGCAGAGGAAGCAUUGCACCUGGGACUUCCUGUUGCACCGUGCCAGGGAUGCUGUGUUUUACACGGACAGAUACUUCAGCAAGUUAAAGGGAGGCUUGCUGUCUGAAGAUGACAAGGAGGAGAUGUGUCGGAUAGAAGAGGAACAGAGUUUUGAGGAGUUGAAGAUUCUUCGUGAACUGGUUCAUGACCGAUUCCACAAGGAAGAUGAACUGGCAGAGAGCCUCCGAGAGCCUCAGCUUGAAUCUCCAGGAGAGUCUCCCGGAGACCCUGAUGCCCGUGGUGGCAGUGGGAUGCUGCAGUACCUUCAGUCGUGGUUUCCUGGCUGGGGGGGCUGGUACGGGCAGCAGAGCCCAGAAGGAAAGGCCGUCGAGGGCCUUGUUGCGGAGCAGCAGGAGCAGUGGAGUGCGGAGGAGAUCCUGGGCACCGAGGAGUUUUUCGACCCCAGCGCAGAUGCCUCCCGUAUGAACACGUAUACCAAACGGGAUCACGUCUUUGCGAAACUAAACUUGCAGCUGCAGCGAGGAACCGUGACGCUGUCCCAUCAGGAGCAAGGAGCUCCUUCCACAGACGAGAGUGCUUUUAUGCAGCUCGAGUUCUCAGAUGUGAAGCUUUUGGCAGAAUCCCUUCCUCGAAGAAAUUCCUCCUUGCUUUUAGUUCGACUGGGCGGACUGUUUCUUCGAGACCUGGCCACAGAAGGAACUAUGUUUCCUCUGCUGGUCUUCCCUAAUCCACAAAAAGAAGUUGGCAGAGUCUCGCAAUCUUUUGGUCUCCAAACACCAUCAUCAGAUAGAUGCGAUCAACACCCUGCUGCAGACCCGGAUGACCCAGUGUUUGAGAUGCUCUAUGAGAAAAAUCCAGUACACAGCCAUUUCGAGAGGAGACUGAACGUUAGCACGAGGCCAUUGAACAUCAUCUAUAACCCCCAGGCUAUUAAAAAAGUAGCAGACUUUUUCUACAAGGGAAAGGUUCAUACCUCAGGUUUUGGUUAUCAGUCUGAGCUGGAGUUGAGAGUGGCUGAAGCUGCCCGAAGACAGUAUAACAAACUGAAGAUGCAAACCAAGGCCGAGAUCCGGCAGACUCUCGACCGAUUGCUCGUGGGUGAUUUCAUUGAGGAGAGUAAACGGUGGACCAUGCGACUCGAUAUUUCCGCCCCUCAGGUGAUCUUUCCAGAUGACUUCAAGUUCAAGAACCCUGUGUUGGUUGUUGUGGAUCUAGGAAGAAUGCUAUUGACCAAUACCCAAGAUGACUCCAAGAGGAAAAGUGGGGAUGGGUCGACCUCAGAAGAGAACCAGUUCAGUGAUGAUGAAUAUAAAACCCCGCUUGCCACACCCACUAACACCCCACCUCCUGAGACCAGUGGCAGCAGUGGGGAGAAAACUCCCCCGUUUCCUGGAGUUGAAUUCAGCGAGGAGCAGCUCCAGGCCCAUUUAAUGAGCACAAAGAUGUAUGAGAGGUACUCCCUGUCUUUCCUGGACCUUCAGAUUAUGGUGGGGCACGUGAAGGACAAUUGGAAGCAUGUGCAGGAUAUUGAUGUGGGGCCAACCCACGUGGUCGAAAAAUUUAACGUUCACCUCCAAUUAGAACGUCGCUUGAUUUAUACUUCCGAUCCCAAGUACCCUGGAGCUGUGCUCUCAGGCAAUCUACCAGACUUGAAAAUCCACAUCAAUGAAGAUAAAAUAUCUGCCCUAAAGAACUGUUUUGCUCUCCUGGCCACCCCAGAGAUGAAGACUUCUGACACUCAGAUUAAAGAGAAGAUCUUCCCCCAAGAGGUCGAGCGGGGAAGUUUGCAGGACUCAGUAAUGAACCUGACCCAGAGCAUCGUGAUGUUGGAGCAGCACACGCGGGAGGUUCUGGUGGAAUCCCAGCUCCUCCUGGCUGAGUUUAAGGUCAACUGUAUGCAGCUUGGUGUCGAGAGCAAUGGCCGGUACAUUUCUGUGCUCAAGGUGUUUGGUACCAAUGCUCACUUUGUGAAGAGGCCUUACGAUGCUGAAGUCUCCUUGACAGUUCAUGGUCUGCUCCUAGUGGACACCAUGCAGACCUAUGGUGCUGACUUUGACCUUUUGAUGGCCUCACAUAAGAACCUGAGCUUUGAUAUUCCAACAGGAAGCCUCCUGGACAGCAGAGCCCAGUCUCCUGUCUCUGGGUCCGUUGCUGCUACUCUGAACCACCGAUCGGCUGCUAGCCUUGCACUUGACACAGUUCUCAGCAAAGAACAAGAAUCCCUCAUUAAGUUAGAAUAUCAGUUUGUGAGUUCCGAGUGUCCAUCAAUGAACUUGGACAGCACCCUCCAGGUGAUUUCCUUACAGGUGAAUAAUUUGGACAUUAUCCUCAACCCGGAGACAAUCGUGGAGCUGAUUGGUUUCCUUCAAAAAUCAUUUCCCAAGGAAAAAGAUGAUCUGAGCCCUCAGCCUUUGAUGACUGAUCUUGAAAGAAGCUUUAGGGAAGAAGGAACUUACCAGUCCACGUACGAACAGAACACCGAGGUUGCUGUGGAGAUCCACAGGCUUAAUUUAUUGCUCCUUCGGACCGUGGGAAUGGCAAAUGGAGAAAAAUAUGGCAGGAAAAUCGCAACUGCUAGUAUAGGUGGCACCAAAGUCAACGUCUCUAUGGGCAGCGCAUUUGACAUGAGUGGUUCUCUUGGCUGCCUGCAGCUCAUGGAUCUGACACAGGAUAAUAUUAAGAACCAGUAUGUUGUCAGCAUUGGGAAUUCCAUUGGCUAUGAAAACCUCGUCAGCGGGAUCAGCUACUUUGAAUCUGUCCGAAUGGAAGAUGCAGCCCUCACCGAAGCGCUGAGCUUCACCUUCGUGGAGAAGUCGAAGCAGGAAUGUUUUCUCAACCUGAGGAUGGCCUCCCUGCAUUACAAUCACUCUGCUAAGUUUCUGAAGGAAUUGACAUUGUCCAUGGAUGAGCUGGAGGAAAAUUUUCGAAGUAUGCUGAAAAGCGCAGCCACCAGAGUCACCACAGUGCUCGCCACCAAGACGGCUGAGUACAGCGAGAUGGUGUCGCUCUUUGAAACACCACGGAAGACGAGGGAAUCUGUGUCUUUGGAAGAAAAUGAGAUCUAUGGCUUUGAUCUGGCUGCCCCUCAUUCAGACACUGUCAAGCUGAUCUUGAACAUCAACAUUGAAUCUCCAGUUGUUUCCAUCCCUCGGAAACCUGGGAGUCCUGAGCUGUUGGUGGGACACCUGGGCCAGAUCUUCAUCCAGAAUUUCGUGGCGGGAGAGGAUGAAUCCAGAAGCGACCGCCUGCAGGUGGAAAUCAAGGACAUUAAGUUAUAUUCUCUGAAUUGCACCCAGUUGGCAGGCAGAGAGGGUGCUGCAUCUGAAGUAAGUCGGACCUUUUGCCCUCCUUCUGGAUCCGCCAGUGUCAGUAGCCAGGAGGAAGCCCAGUUCACACGACAUGAUUUCUUUGAAUCUUUGCAUAGAGGUCAAGCUUUUCACAUCCUAAACAACACCACCAUUCAGUUUAAACUGGAAAAGAUCCCUGUAGAGAGAGAAUCGGAAUUAACGUUCUCCCUUAGUCCAGAUGACCUGGGAACUUCUAGCAUCAUGAAGAUCGAAGGAAAGUUUGUCAACCCAGUUCAGGUGGUGUUAGCAAAGCAUGUAUAUGAGCAGGUUUUGCAGACGUUGGACAAUCUCGUGUAUAGUGAAGAUCUGAAUAAGUUUCCAGUCAGUCCUGCUGCCUCCCCUUGCCCUAAUUCUCCUCUGCCUUCCGUCAGUAUCUGUGGAGAGUCUUCCUCUGACAGGAAGGAGAAUGGAUUGUUCAGCCACUCCAGUUUUUCUAAUUCUUCUCAAAAGUCCUUGUCUGUGAAGGAAGUCAAAUCCUUUACUCAAGUUCAAGCCAACUUUUGUAUAUCUGAGCUUCAAGUUCAGCUCAGUGGAGAUCUGACUCUGGGGGCCCAGGGUCUUGUGAGCUUAAAAUUCCAGGAUUUUGAGGUGGAAUUCAAUAAAGACCAUCCACAGACGUUAUCCAUUCAGAUUGCCCUGCGCUCUCUGCUGAUGGAAGACUUGUUGGAGAAAAAUCCCGAUUCCAAGUAUAAAAACCUGAUGGUGUCUCGGGGAGCCCCUAAGCCAUCUAGUUUGACCCAAAAAGAGUAUCUUUCUCAGUCUUGCCCUUCAGUGUCCAAUGCAGAGUAUCCCGAGAUGCCACGAUCUCUCCCUUCACAUAUGGAAGAAGUAGCUAAUGUUUUCCAGCUAUAUCAGAGACCCACCUCGACCUCCCGGAAGAAACAGAAGGAAGUCCAAGACAAGGACUGUCCCGUGACCCCACCGCCUUCACCAUCAAUAGAUGAGCCUAAGAUAUUUACGGGAAGGAGUAAAUUUGAUGAUUCCCUGGUCCAUAUCAAUAUAUUCUUGGUGGAUAAGAAACAUCCAGAAUUCUUGUCAAGUUACAACCGGAUUAAUCGCAACAUUGAUGUUGAUUUUAACUGCUUGGAUGUGCUGAUCACACUGCAAACCUGGGUGGUGAUUCUGGAUUUCUUUGGAAUUGGCUCCACGGCAGACAACCAUGCAAUGAAGGCCCCCACCGAGGAUGUUCUCCAGAAUGUGAAGUCAGAAUCAAGCGCUUUCAUAGAGUCAGAGCUUCAGGACCCAGUCAAUACCAAGCUGGAUCUCAAGGUUCAUUCCCUCUCUCUUGUGCUGAAUAAGACCACCUGUGAGCUUGCCAAAGCAAAUGUGUCCAAAUUAGUGGCACACCUGGAAAUGAUUGAAGGAGACCUGGCCUCCCAGGGGAGCAUUGGAAGCCUGUCUCUGAGUGACCUCACGCCCCACGGAGAGUUCUACAGAGAGCGCUUCACUACCAGCGGGGACGAGGCACUCAUCUUUCAGACUUUCAAGUAUGGCCGCCCUGACCCUCUGCUCCGGAGAGAGCACGACGCCCGGGUGAGCCUCCAGAUGGCCUCUGUGCAGUAUGUGCACACCCAGCGCUUCCAGGCCGAAGUGCUGGCCUUCAUCCAGCACUUCACGCAGCUGCAGGACGUGCUCGGGCGCCAACGAGCCGCCAUCGAGGGGCAGACGGUGAGAGACCAGGCCCAGCGCUAUUCACGGAUUCUCUUGGAUAUUGAGGCUGGUGCUCCUGUUCUCCUGAUUCCAGAAAGUUCCAGGUCAAAUAAUCUGAUUGUAGCAAAUUUGGGGAAGUUGAAAGUCAAGAACAAGUUUCUCCUUGCUGGUUUUCCUGGGACCUUUUCCUUACAAGAUAAGGAGUCUGUGCCUUCAGCUUCCCCAACGGGGACACCCAAACACAGUGUGAAGAAAACCACAGGCAUAGAGGAGCCGAAGGGGACCCCCACCGAGGGGCUGUUCAUGGCACCACCUGCUGGAACGAGUCAUGGCGGCAGCAGCCCGAAGAGCGAGUUUGGGCCCAGCGCCCCCACCAAACAGCUGGGGCAGCAAGCCCCGCCCUCCGCCAGCCCCGGCUCCAGCAGUCCAGAAGACCAUGUCUGCCUGUUGGAUUGCAUUGUCGUGGAUCUCCAAGACAUGGACAUCUUUGCUGCAGAGAGACAUCCACGGGAGUAUUCUAAGGCCUCAGAGGACAACACUGGAGAUCUGAUCUUCCCCUCCUAUUUUGUGCGACAGACAGGAGGAAGCCUCUUAACUGAGCCCUGUAGGCUGAAAUUGCAGGUGGAAAGGAAUUUGGACAAAGAAAUAAGCCAUGCUGUGCCAGACAUAUCUAUCCAUGGCAAUCUCUCUUCUGUCCACUGCUCCCUGGAUUUGUCCAAAUAUAAGUUGAUCCGUGGUUUGCUAGAGAACAACCUUGGAGAGCCCAUAGAGGAAUUUAUGCGGCCUUAUGAUCUACAAGAUCCAAGAAUUCAUACUGUCCUGAGCGGAGAGGUGUACACGUGCAUGUGCUUCCUCAUCGACAUGGUGAACGUAAGCCUGGAGCUGAAAGAUCCAAAAGGAAGAGACGGUGCCGGGUCCCUCGCCAGAUUUGACUUCAAAAAAUGUAAACUGCUUUAUGAGAGCUUCUCCAAUCAAACCAAGUCCAUCAACUUGGUUUCCCAUUCCAUGAUGGCUUUUGAUACCCGCUAUGUUGGGCAGAAGACCAGCCCUGGCAUGACAAAUGUGUUCACCUGCAUCUUUCAGCCCUCCAAGAACAGCACUUCCUCCCAGGGAUCCAUUCAGAUUGAGCUGCAUUUCAGAUCCACAAAGGAUUCUUCCUGCUUCACAGCGGUUCUUAAUAACCUUCGUGUGUUCCUCAUCUUUGACUGGCUGCUGCUUGUCCAUGACUUCCUCCACACUCCCAGUGAUAUUAAGAAACAAGCAACUGCCACUCCUCCGCGCCACCGUCACACUAGCAGUGAGUCUGCUGUGGUCCCCAAAACUGUGAAGAGUGGAGUAGUCACGAAGAGGUCUUCCCUUCCUGUGUCCACUGAGAGGCACCUGGAGGUCAAGGUCAAUGUCACAGGCACGGAGUUUGUGGUCGUUGAAGAUGUGUCCUGCUUAGAUACCAAUGCCAUCAUUCUCAAAGGCACCACCGUGCUCACCUAUAAGCCCCGAUUUGUUGAUCGCCCCUUUUCAGGAAGUUUGUUUGGCGUUGAGGUGUUUUCAUGCCGACUAGGGAAUGAACAGGACACAGCUCUUUCCAUCGUUGAUCCAGUGCAGAUUCAGGUGGAGCUGGUGGGGAAUUCUUCUUACCAGAACAGUUCGGGAUUGAUGGAUGCAUUCAACAGUGAAGAUUUCCCACCCAUAUUAGAGAUUCAGUUGCAAGCCCUGGAUAUCAGACUCUCCUAUAACGAUGUUCAGCUGUUUCUUGCCAUUGCCAAAUCCAUCCCAGAGCAAGCUAAUGCAGCAGUGCCUGACCCAGUGGGCCCAGAAGCCACCUCUGGGAGCAGUCACCUUCCCAGCAUGUCUCGAGUGGCAGAGGAAGCAGGAACAAAACAUACCUUGGAUCCUGUUCUGGAGUUACAGCUGGCAAGACUGCAGGAGCUGGGAUUCAGCUUGGAAGAUUGUCGCAAGGCACUUUUAGUGUGCCAAGGCCAGUUGAAAAAGGCAGCCAGUUGGUUGUUUAAGAAUGCCGAGCCUCUGAAGUCUCUGUCCCGGGCUGCUCCUAGCCGAGACAGCCCUGGGUCGGUGCCAGCACAGCUGAUCUCGGGGGUAGAGGUCAGAGCCGAGAGCGUGUGCAUCUGUUUCAUCGAUGACUGCAUGGAUUGCGACGUGCCCCUGGCCGAGCUCACCUUCUCCCGUCUGAAUUUUCUUCAGCGUGUGAGAACUAGUCCUGAAGGCUACGCCCACUUCACUCUCUCUGGAGAUUAUUAUAACCGCGCUCUUUCGGGCUGGGAACCAUUUAUCGAGCCAUGGCCAUGUUCAGUGUCUUGGCAGCAGCAGUCAGCUAGUCGUCUCCAUCCCCCCCGACUGAAGCUGGAAGCCAAGGCCAAAUUCCGUUUGGAUAUCAAUAUCACUUCUGUACUAAUUGACCAGUAUGUAAGUACCAAGGAAUCGUGGAUGGCAGAUUACUGUAAACAGGACAAGGAAAUCGAAUCAGCCACAUCAGAAGACUGGAUGGGCUCUUCAGUGGAUCCUCCAUGCUUUGGACAAAGCCUCCCCCUUGUCUACCUUAGAACUAGGAGUACAGCCAGUCUGACUAACCUAGAGCACCAGAUCUAUGCUAGAGCAGAGGUGAAAGCGCCCAAGCGCCGCCAGCCGUUCGUGCCUUUUGCGCUGAGAAAUCACACCGGCUGCACCCUCUGGUUUGCCACCCUGACCACCACUCCCACCAGGGCUGCACUGUCUCACAGCGGGAGUCCAGGGCUAGUUCCAGAAGGGAACGGAACCUUCCUUGAUGAUGCUCACAACGUGAGUGAAUGGCGGGAAGUCCUCACUGGUGAAGAGAUUCCCUUCGAAUUUGAAGCAAGAGGAAAACUCAGACACAGACACACCCACGACCUUCGGAUCCAUCAGCUUCAAGUGCGAGUCAGUGGAUGGGAGCAAGUGAGCCCAGUGUCUGUGGACAAAGUCGGCACCUUUUUCCGUUAUGCAGCACCAGAUAAGAAUUCAUCUUCCUCCACGAUUGGCAGCCCGAGCAGCAGAACAAAUAUUAUUCAUCCCCAAGUUUAUUUUUCGUCCCUCCCCCCUGUCCGGGUGGUCUUUGCCGUGACCAUGGAGGGCAGUGCCCGGAAAGUCAUCACGGUGCGGUCAGCCCUCAUUGUGAAGAACAGCCUGGAGACGCCGAUGGAACUUCGCCUGGACAGCCCCUCAGCACCAGAUAAGCCCGUGGUGCUUCCUGCGAUCAUGCCAGGGCACUCCUUUGCUGUGCCGCUGCAUCUCACUUCUUGGCGGCUGCAGGCCCGGCCCAAAGGCUUAGGUGUGUUUUUCUGUAAGGCGCCUAUUCACUGGACCCAUGUAGUGAAGACCACAGAGGUUAGCAGCAGCAAAAGAGAGUGCCAUUCCAUGGACACGGAGAAAAGCCGCUUCUUCAGGUUUUGUGUGGCCAUCAAGAAAGAGAAUUAUCCAGAUUACAUGCCUUCAAACAUAUUUUCUGACAGUGCAAAGCAGAUCUUCAGACAGCCUGGGCAUACCAUCUACCUCCUGCCAACUGUGGUGAUCUGCAACUUGCUCCCUUGUGAGCUUGACUUUUAUGUCAAAGGCAUGCCUAUUAAUGGGACACUGAAACCUGGCAAGGAGGUGGCCCUUCACACCGCUGAUACAUCCCAGAACAUUGAACUGGGGGUGUCUCUGGAGAAUUUCCCAUUCUGUAAAGAAUUGCUCAUUCCACCUGGAACCCAAAACUAUAUGGUAAGGAUGCGACUCUAUGACAUCUACCGGCGGCAGCUGAACCUCACCAUCCGGAUUGUGUGUCGAGCAGAAGGAUCCUUGAAGAUCUUCAUUUCUGCUCCUUAUUGGCUCAUUAACAAAACAGGAUUGCCCCUGAUCUUCAGACAGGACAAUGCAAAGACAGACGCUGCAGGCCAGUUUGAGGAGCACGAGCUGGCCCGGAGCCUGAGCCCGCUCUUAUUCUGCUAUGCCGACAAAGAGCAGCCGAACCUUUGCACGAUGAGAAUCGGAAAGGGGAUUCAUCCUGAAGGCAUGCCGGGCUGGUGUCAGGGCUUCUCACUGGAUGGUGGGAACGGUGUGCGAGCUCUGAAGGUCAUCCAGCAAGGAAACCGCCCGGGGCUCAUCUAUAACAUCGGUAUUGAUGUCAAGAAAGGCCGUGGGCGAUAUAUUGACACCUGUAUGGUCAUCUUUGCCCCUCGUUACUUGUUAGACAAUCAGUCAUCUCACAAGCUUGCAUUUGCACAGAGGGAAUUUGCCAGAGGACAGGGAACAGCCAAUCCUGAGGGUUACAUUUCCACCCUUCCUGGUUCCAGUGUGGUGUUCCACUGGCCUCGGAAUGACUAUGACCAGCUAUUAUGUGUCAGGUUGAUGGAUAUUCCCAAUUGUAUUUGGUCUGGAGGCUUUGAGGUCAACAAGAAUAAUUCCUUCCAUAUCAACAUGAGGGAUACCUUGGGAAAAUGUUUUUUCCUCCGAGUGGAAAUUACUCUUCGAGGAGCCACUUACAGGAUCUCAUUUAGUGACACAGAUCAACUGCCCCCACCUUUCCGAAUUGACAACUUUUCUAAGGUCCCAGUGGUCUUCAUCCAACAUGGUGUCGCGGAACCCAGGCUGCGGACUGAAGUGAAGCCCUUAACCUCCUUGGAUUAUGCCUGGGAUGAACCCACACUGCCACCUUUCAUCACUCUGUCUGUUAAAGGGGCAGGCUCCUCUGAGAUCAACUGCAACAUGAAUGAUUUCCAGGAUAACCGACAACUCUAUUAUGAAAAUUUUAUUUAUAUUGCUGCUACAUAUACAUUCUCUGGUUUACAGGAGGUGACAGGAAGGCCAGUGGCUUCCAACAGGCCGGUCACCUGUGCAGAGUUGGUCUUGGAUGUCUCACCUAAAACACAGAGAGUCAUUUUAAAGAAGAAGGAGCCGGGGAAGCGUUCGCAGCUGUGGAGGAUGACGGGGACAGGCAUGCUGGCCCAUGAGGGCUCCUCAGUCCCGCACAACCCCAACAAACCCUCCUCCACCCGCUCCUCCGAGGGGUCCGCCAUCUUGGAUAUUGCGGGUCUCGCUGCUGUCACUGACAACAGAUAUGAACCACUGAUGCUAAGGAAGCCGGAUCGCAGACGAAGCACCACCCAGACCUGGAGUUUCCGAGAGGGAAAACUGACCUGCGGGCUGCAUGGGCUGGUUGUCCAGGCCAAAGGAGGGCUUUCUGGCUUGUUUGAUGGAGCUGAAGUUGUUCUUGGUCCUGACACUUCCAUGGAGCUUUUGGGGCCUGUUCCACCCGAACAACAAUUUACAAAUCAAAAAAUGAGGCCUGGUUCUGGAAUGUUAUCCAUUCGAGUUAUCCCUGAUGGACCGACUAGAGCACUCCAGAUAACAGAUUUCUCCCAACGGAAAAGUGACCGCUCUUCAUAUGAAGUGGAUGAACUUCCUGUUACUGAACAAGAGUUGCAGAAAUUAAGAAAUCCAGACACAGAGCAAGAAUUGGAAGUACUUGUGAAAUUGGAAGGUGGGAUUGGCUUGUCCUUAAUUAACAAAGUCCCUGAGGAGCUGAUCUUUGCGAGUCUCACCGGAAUCCAUGUGCACUACACCCAGGUGGCCACCAGUCAGAUGCUGGAACUCAGCAUCCAGGACGUGCAGGUGGACAAUCAGCUCAUUGGUACCACGCAGCCCUUCAUGCUGUAUGUGACUCCCCUGAGUAACGAGAACGAGGUCAUUGAGACAGGCCCUGCCGUGCAGGUGAACGCAGUGAAGUUCCCCAGUAAGAGCACGCUGACCAACAUCUACAAGCAUCUGAUGAUCACGGCCCAGAGAUUCACCGUGCAGAUAGAGGAGAAACUGCUCCUCAAGUUGCUGAGUUUCUUUGGCUACGAUCAAGCAGAACCAGAGGUGGAAAAGUACGAUGAAAACCUCCAUGAAAAGACAGUUGAGCCCGGUGGAACACCAAUCCGGUACUACUUUGAGAACCUCAAGAUCAGCAUCCCCCAGAUCAAGCUGAGUGUGUUCACCUCCAACAAACUGCCGCUGGACCUCAAGGCCCUCAAAAGUACCUUGGGGUUUCCAUUGAUUCGGUUUGAAGAUGCGGUGAUUAAUCUGGAUCCAUUCACUCGAGUACACCCCUAUGAGACCAAGGAGUUCAUCAUCAAUGACAUUCUCAAACACUUCCAGGAGGAGCUUCUCAGCCAGGCAGCUCGGAUCCUGGGCUCAGUCGACUUCCUCGGCAACCCCAUGGGGCUUUUGAAUGAUGUUUCUGAAGGGGUGACUGGACUGAUCAAGUACGGGAACGUCGGAGGCCUCAUCAGAAAUGUUACCCAUGGAGUGUCCAACUCUGCGGCCAAGUUUGCAGGGACACUGUCAGAUGGCUUAGGAAAGACAAUGGACAAUCGACAUCAGUCAGAGCGGGAGUACAUCAGGUACCACGCGGCCACGAGUGGCGAGCACCUGGUGGCCGGCAUCCACGGCCUGGCUCACGGUAUCAUUGGUGGAUUGACCAGUGUUAUCACCUCAACCGUGGAAGGUGUGAAAACAGAAGGGGGUGUCAGCGGUUUUAUAUCUGGCCUUGGGAAGGGGCUUGUUGGCACUGUAACCAAGCCUGUGGCAGGCGCCCUGGAUUUUGCAUCAGAAACAGCCCAGGCCGUGAGAGACACAGCCACACUUAGUGGCCCCAGGACUCAAGCUCAGAGGGUCCGGAAACCACGCUGCUGCAGGGGCCCCCAGGGCCUCCUGCCCCGCUACUCCGAGAGCCAGGCCGAGGGCCAGGAGCAGCUCUUCAGACUGACGGACAACGUGCAGGAUGAGUUCUUCCUCGCCGUGGAGAACACCGACAGCUACUGCGUGCUCAUCUCCUCCAAGGCCGUCUACUUCCUGAAGAGUGGGGACUACGUGGACCGGGAGGCCAUCUUCCUCGAGGUCAAGUAUGACGACCUCUACCACUGCCUGGUCUCCAAAGACCAUGGGAAGGUGUACGUGCAGGUGACCAAGAAGGCAGGGAACACCAGCAGCGGGGUGGCCAUCCCCGGCCCUUCCCAUCAGAAACCUAUGGUUCACGUGAAAUCAGAGGUCCUCGCGGUCAAGUUGUCGCAAGAAAUCAACUACGCCAAGAGCCUUUACUAUGAGCAGCAGCUUAUGCUAAGACUCAGCGAGAACCAAGAGCAGCUGGAGCUGGACUCCUGAGAACGCGCAGCCGCUGGGGACAGACGCCCCCAGACACCAGCCCCCAGCCAGGCAGGACGGAGACCCAGUGCUCGGCACCAGCUAGAGGCAGGACAGGAGCCAGGUUUGGGGCCGAUGCCGAGGAAGGGGGGAGAGUGAGUGCCGGGGCGGGGCGUGCACGGGAAACCACAUUCACCUGUGAGGCAGCGAGGUGGGGGCUCCACUGGAUUAUGGGGAAGUAAAUUUCGGAAGGUUUUGGCUGAAUAACGUAAAGAGAAGUGUUUACCGAGAUGAGGCUAAUCCCAGAGUGCCCUGUAUUUUGUCAACAUGUAUAUAUGUACAACUGUGUGUUUGUAAAUAUAUAGCAGUGUUUCGGGACAGGGCCUGUGAUGUGUAAAGUCAUAUAAAAUUAUAUUGGAUCUUCGAUUGCACUAAGCUUACGUGUGUGACGCAGGACGUUCCCAAAGGUGAAGACUGUGUUAGUCUGGGAGCUGCGGGCCUGGCAGCAGAGUGGCCAGGGCUUCAGAGGUCGGUGGCCACAGGGGGCCUGGCAGCCUGGUGCCCGGGCCAGAGCUGGCCCUGGAGAGAUGUGGGAGGGAGCCGAGGCCCAGCUUCACAGCGUCUCACCCACACUAAAGCUGUUCUUGGGUCAUCACAAGGUUCUUUUUUUUUUUUUUUUAAUCCAUUUGGCUUUCUCCUGACUAGUCUUGCCAAACCCCAGGGUAAAAUUGUGUUUUGUUCAUACAAUCACUCUCUCUCUCUCUCUCAAUACACACACACACACACACACACACACACACACACACACACACACACACACACACACACACACACACACACACCUUUUUCUUGGGUUAUCAUGGAGGAACAUCAGUUUUAAAUAUUAAAAUCUCUGUUGGUUUCAAAGGGGAAAAGAUUCUGCAAAACUGUUUAACUUUUACUGUGUGUGUGUGUGUGUGUGUGCGCGCGCGCGCGCGCACCUGAGGCAGCAAAGGUAGUUUUCGGUCUGACCUGCACGAAGGAGAAGACUGCGCACUGUGCUUCCUAAUGCCCCAGGCAGACCCUGACCCCGCAGUCUGGGAACACUGGGAUGGGACAGAAAUGCCAGCUGAGUCAUAAAGAGCAGUUUUUGUCCAGUUCCCUGGAACGCCGUUUGAAUCCCAGUCUGAGGCCUGGAGCCUGCAGCAUCCCCUGGGGCUAUUCCAUGCCCGCUUUUCUGCAAGGAUUGAAGUGGCUGAGUGAGGGGGCAUUCUUGUGCCCUUGCCCAAGAAUGAGGGGCUGGCUUUGUGGUUUUAAACUCUUGUUCUUAAGGGCCAAAGCAAAUAGUGUGGCGGGUAGGGCACUUGCCUUGCACGUGGCUGGCUCAGGUUUGAUGCCCAGAGCCCUUUCUGGUUCCCUAAACCCGCCAGGAGUGAUCCCUGAGCGCAAAGCCAAGAGUAAGCUCUGAGCACUGCUGGGUGUGACCCAAAAACAAAUAAAUUAUUUUCAUAAAGUGGAUCGAUUUCUGCAGCCCUGUCCCCAGUCCCUGAAACCUGUACAUCAGUGGGUAUAUAGAAGGUUUUGGAGUUUAUAACCCUCACCUCAGUCCUUCCAAGAUACAGAUACAGCUUAUGUAGCUCCCUCUCCCUCCCUUGUGCGUGUAUGUGAGAGAGAGAGAGAGAGAGAGAGAGGAGAGAGAGUGCGUGAGCGUAAGAGCGAGCACUUUAGCACCAUAUGUAGGUGCUUGCAGUGACGUGUUUGCAAAAGCCAACCCCCACUCCAUGGCUGUGUGGCCUCACGGAGCUCUCCUGGGUUCGUGGGUUGCAUAACUGAAACUUGAUUUUUGAAGCGGGCUGCAGGCCACGUGGCCAUCCCAUGUGACACCAGCAGGACUGCCAUGCGGCGCCCCCCACAGCCAGGGGCCCCUUCUCGGCUACCCACAAGUUGAAUUUGUGGUGUUGGUCCUCAGCAGCCCCUGCCUGAGGCCCCGCACCCCAAAAGGGGGAGGCUGCGCUGGCAUGGCUGGUGUGGGCCCCGCCCCGGCAGCAGGCUCGGGCUGUAGCAGGGCAGGUGCGUGUGGGGCUCCCGUGCCCUCGCCACUCCUCCUGCUCCAGCCAGUGCCCAAGAAGCUGGUGGCGUCUGCCAGGGGAACCUUAGAUCUUAGCAGAAGCAGAUGUGAAAGUGGGGUUCAGAGACCAUAUCGUCUCCAGCUCUGCCCUGCCCUCGCCCCCUGCGCCAAGCACCGGGGUUCUUGGCUGGCAGAAGCAGCUACUGGCUCUGGGUCCCGCCAGUGCUGUCUGUGACAUCAGGGUGAUUUCUCCUGCUAGUUAUGCCACCUCCAGUCCAAAGUUCAUCUCCUCCCCAGGGAGUGAAAUAAAUCGAAUAAGGAGAAAUCCAGUAAGGAGCCCUCAGAAACCGUCCCGACUCCCCCUCCCGGCACAGCCAGCCAGCUCGUGCCACCACCUAACUGUAGCCACUAGCCUAGGCACUGGACGGUGCACCAGGGCUCAGGAUUUGCCCACUCUGGCACCACACUAGGGUCCAGGAGGCCCCUUGUCCAGCCCGCAGCACCUUCCCGCUGCUGGGACCCGCCUCGAGGUGCCCGGGUCUGGGCCACUGGGUCCUUAAGCACCGUCUGCACCUCCAAAUACCAUAGAGGCUGCUCGGUCAAAAUCCAAAAGCAAAAGAUCUGGUUCUCUGGCGUGUAAACACGAUUGCAAUCACCAAUCUGUUAAAACUCUAAUCUGUUUCUCACAUCAGAGUUGUUAUUUUUCUUCCUGUGGAAUAAAAUGCUUUGUUGACUUCCCAG